AUGAGUUUGGGCCAGGCUGAGAAAGCAUGCAAUGAGAAGGGAGCCACGCUCUUUUGUGCGUCUGACUUCCAUCGAGGCGAAUUUAACGAAGUGAUGAAAGAGACACCGCCAUACUUCUGGAGCUGGAUUGGACUUGGACAGUGCGCAACUGACUCAUUCCCGCGGUGGCAAGUUGCUGGACCGGACGGCUCUUCGCACAUGAGCGUGUGCAUUGCGAAUGACGACUUCGGAAAGCCGUCCUUUGUUGGCUACGAAGGAUUGGAUCCUCUACAGCUGAAAUGGCUGAUCCUUCCAUUUUCUUCUGUACCAAACGGAUGGUCCUCGAUUGCUAACUGCGUCGGUUUCUACAACAUGAACAGCUAUUCAAGCAGCUAUCUCUACUUUUACCCAUGUUCCUCGCUCUUCCACUCUGUUUGCGAGCGAAAUUUGACACUUACUAACUUACUUUAA